CGGCGACCCGGGCGGCUCCCACUCGCGCUGCGCCCGCCGGCGGCCCAUGUCGUCCGCGCCGCGGCGCUCGCCCCCCCCGCGGCCCCCCAGGAUGAAGAAGGACGAGUCGUUCCUGGGCAAGCUCGGCGGCACGCUGGCGAGGAAGAAGAAGGCCAGGGAGGUGAGUGACCUGCAGGAGGAAGGCAGACAUGCCAUCAACGCGCCGAUGUCCCCUGCCUCGGCGGAUGUCCACCCUGAAGACACCCUGCUCGAGGAGAAUGAGGAACGCACGAUGAUCGACCCCAUGUCCAAGGACGACCCCAAGUUCAAGGAGCUGGUCAAGGUCCUCAUCGACUGGAUCAACGACGUGCUGGUGGAGGAGAGGAUCAUCGUGAAGCAGCUGGAGGAAGACCUGUACGACGGCCAGGUGCUGCAGAAACUCCUGGAGAAGCUGGCGGGCUGCAAGCUGAACGUGGCAGAGGUGACGCAGUCCGAGGUAGGGCAGAAGCAGAAGCUGCAGACGGUGCUGGACGCCGUGCAAGGCCUGCUGCGGCCCCACGGCUGGCCGCUCCGGUGGGCCGUCGGCUCGAUUCACGGGAAGAACCUGGUGGCCAUCCUUCACCUCCUCGUGUCCUUGGCCAUGCACUUCCGGGCCCCGAUCCGCCUCCCUGAGCACGUGUCCGUGCAGGUGGUGGUGGUGCGGAAGCGGGAAGGUCUGCUGCACUCCAGCCACGUCACGGAAGAGCUGACCACGACAACCGAGAUGAUGAUGGGUCGCUUUGAGCGGGACGCCUUCGACACCCUGUUCGAUCACGCCCCGGACAAGCUCAGCGUGGUCAAGAAGUCUCUCAUCACGUUUGUGAACAAGCACUUGAACAAGCUGAAUUUGGAGGUGACGGAACUGGAGACCCAGUUUGCAGACGGCGUGUACCUCAUCCUGCUCAUGGGCCUCCUGGAGGACUACUUCGUCCCCCUCCACCACUUCUACCUGACCCCCGACAGCUUCGACCAGAAGGUUCACAAUGUGGCGUUUGCCUUUGAGCUGAUGCUGGACGGAGGCCUCAAGACCCCCAAGGCUCGCCCUGAAGAUGUGGUGAACCUGGAUCUCAAAUCCACCCUGAGGGUCCUUUACAACCUGUUCACCAAGUACAAGAACCUAGACUGACCUCAGCGAGCAGCGGAAACCUCGGCGGGGGCGGGGGCAAGGGGGGGGGCCCGGCCAGCUUCCCCUCCGAGCCGGCCUUACCCCACCCCUACCCCACCCCACCCUCCCUCCCUCGUGUAAUUCCCAUAGCUCCCCGCGGGGAGGACCCCGGGACAUGCGGGCUCUGCCGGCGCCCUGGUCACACCCACACCCCCAGCCCACCGGGGGGGCCGCCCUGCAGAUCUCUGCACCCCGCGGCCACCCACCCCGGGCGCUAAGCACAUCAGUAGCGCUGCCCGAGCAGUGACUCACUGGAGUGACGUGGGGCGCUCUCCUCGGAAGCGAGGCCUUUUCAGCACAAAGCAUUUUAUAGUUUUAAAAGCUGCUUCUAAAGUCCCCGAAGCUUUCGAUGGGACAGGAGGGCCCGAGCCACGUUGUGCUUCUUGACCGGUGUUCUUUCAUUUACUUUUUGCACAAACAUCUAAGACCCGGCUGACCCGGCCGCCGUGGCGCGGGAGGAAGGAUUUGCUGAGGCUAUUUCUGUAUUUCUUUUCUUCUUCUUUUUCUUUUCUGUGACAGCCAAAUGGGCUGUGUCAGGAACUACAUCAAAAAUAUUGCUCGAUCCAUCUCAGAGGCCCUGUUUGGGAAUGCGUGCGUUUUUUAAACUUCUGGAAGGGGGAGUCUGUCAGCUUGCCGGGGGGGCUUCCGGGACAAAGUGCCACAGGCCUAGGCAGCAGAGAGGGGUGGUCCCAGCCCUGGAGGCCACAAGUAGCACCCGGGUGUGGGCUUACGGAUGGCCGUCUCCCGUGUCCUCAUGUGGUCGUCCCUGUGUCAGGUCGUCUGUCCCGGUCUCCUCUCCUGAGGACACCAGACAUCGUAGAUGAGGGCCCCCCACGCGACCUCGUUUUCACGUACUCACCUCUGCGAAGACCCGUCUCCGGGUACAGCAACAUUCUGAGGCGCUCGGGGUGACAGCUUCGACAUAGGGAUUCGGGGGGACACCGUUCAGCCCUCAGUGGGGGGUAUGAAGUGCUCCCCCCUCCUGAGUGUGGCUCUCUAGAACCCUGCUGGCGUCUCCCGCGGGUCACUCAGGGCCACCCGCCCUCUCCCCCGCUCGCCGUGGCUCAGGAGAGAAAUAGGGCCUCCCCGCAGGGUUCCAGGCGGCACCUGCGCUGCUCACCCCACGCCUGGGGCCCCACACGUCAGCCUCCGUCCUGGGCUCUCAGCAUUUGCCGCCCAGCGGGUCGGGCCUGCCUCUUCUCUUAGGUUGUCUGUCCCCGCUGUCGAUGGGCGCCCUUGAGCCGGUUUGUUGAUACUAAAUCGAACACCGGCGCUCACGACGCCGGAAACGGCUUACUGCUCCGGCUCAGGCCCGCCACUACCCGGCUGUGCCGAUGGAGGGGGUCCCAGAGGGGGAAAGAAAGAAUUAAAACGGUGUUACUCCGUUUCCUACGGGAUACGGUGACAUUGAAGACUCACACUGACAGAAUAGCCAAGGCUGGAAGGUUCUGUGCUGACUUCAUUACCCGUGUUGGCUCCCAGCAACCCGGAGCCGCGGAGGCCGGUCGUCGGCCUCUUUCACAGGUGGGCUUGGCGAGGGCGUGCUGAUCCCUGGGGACCCCGUUCUCCCGGGCAGCGAGCCCGCUUCAAGCCCCCCUGCUCCCGGUCAGAGGGUAAGAGGGGUGCUGAGAUACGGGUCAACUGUAAACAGGCACGUUGGCCUCACGGUGCUGACUGCACUGUUCCAGCAAAAGAGGUCAUCUCUCCAGACUGGUUUUAUUCAAGCUGGAUCAGAGCUGUGCCUUCCGCACCCCUGUGACGGGCCAUUGCGCUGUAUGCAUCUCCUUUCCCUCCCCUUCCUUGUCCAGUGCGAGUCAGAGUUGAAAGCGUGGCCUGGACAUUCGCAUGGAGGGAGCAGUUGUGAGACAGAGGAGGGCCGACUCUGGGGACGGUCCCUCCUCCCCUGAUCAGCUCCAUUGGCCCAGCCUCCAUAGUUGUCAGGGUGUGAGUUUCAGGGUCUGCCAUGCCAGGGUAUCUUCUUGGGGUGACUUGAGCAGCAGAAGCCACUUUCCUUAAUCCCAGAAAGUUCUAGAACCCUUUCUCAAGUGACCCACAUUUUCAGCAAAUUGUGCUUCCAUGAAGGGGCGGGGGGGCCCUCCCACAGGAACUAAAUCAAAAGCAGCAGAAGCAACUUUCCUUAAUCCUGGAAGCUUCUAGAAAGCUUCCUCAGGUGACCCACAUUUUCGGUGAAUUGUAUUUCCAUGCAGGGGGUGCCCCCCAGAGAAAUUAAGUCAAAGCCAGAUCCUUUGUGCCCAAGUGGCAAUGCCUCAGGGUCCACGGGUGCCCGAGUGUAGUGUCGGGCAGGGGUCGUGAGAAGGUCACCUUUAAUCCUUCUCCGAGUGGCUUUCAUUUGCAUCCUCCACUGGCCACGGGGAGGCUGCCUGCAGCUUCGUUUUCCCUGUGACAACUGUAGGGUGUCAUGCACGCCGAGGCCCCCGUGUGCCCCAAUGUCCUCACCACGUGUGACAAAGAGCUGUGUUUUAAAGGAACCGAAUGCCUUUUUCACCCCCUUUGUCUUUUUAAUUGUUCUGAGCGGUGUCUAUCUUGGAUUUCUGGAUACUAAAGAAAAGCCACUAAACCCUGGCUGUGUUUUGACGCCACCCGCCCGGCUGAGGCUUUUCCUGAGGGCCGCCCGCCAGCCCGCCCCGCUGCCAACCUGACCUCUUCCUAAGCCGGAGACUCGGGCGGGAAAGUGCCGUGCGGAGCAAACAGUGUGCUGUUAUUUAUUCCAAUAAAGAGCUCGAGAGCAUGGAGCUGUCCCCA